AUGUAAUUUCAAUAACUAGAAGAGGAAUAGGAAAUUCCUCAUUAUAAUGAGCAUCAAGAUCAAUAAACUUUCACCUAAAAUUAGUAAAUUCAAAGUGAAGAGGUUAAAAACAACUAAGAAAAUCUUGAUUAGGCUUAGCCUUCGCCUCAUGAGUAAAAUUCGAAUGAUAGCUCGUUGACACUACAAAGGUAAAAUACUGUUCGCUAUGAAGAUGCAAGAAGGUCUUCCUCAGCCUCGAUUGUUAUUAACAAAGUCAUGCAUCAAAUUUACAAUUUUCUAAAGCUUGCCCUUACAAUAACUUUAAUCCAUGUAUUCUCAAGCGCUAACGUAACUUCCUAGUAUUAGAAAAAUGAGAAGGAAUGGGUGGUUUAUCUUCUUAAAUUUAUGGCGAUUUGUUAGACUAUCAAUUUUAUUUAUUCCUUCUUAGUAGCUGUAAUAGGCCAUCUAAGUUGCUGCUUGAGACACUAGCAAUUUAUAGUUCCAACUAUCUUGAUGAAUUUCGCUGCGUUUCUAUUUAUCAUAUAUCUCUCCAUUCUUGGGAUUAUAGUUAACAAGGGAGUUGAAGCACCAAAAGACUUUGAGUCUAAUUUUCUACAUUUGGGAACAUAAGUAUGUCAAGCCUUUGCUAUAAUUUACUUGCUAAUUGUAUCCUGCAUCACAAUGUGUGUUUGUGGUAUAUUAUAUUAACAUGGAAAGAAGGAAAUGCUUAGAGGGCAGUUAUUGUAAAAUAUUAAAGCCAUCCCCUAUGGAAAUUUCAUGUUUAGCGAGGGACGAGAUUGCCCUGUAUGCCUAGCUACUUUCGAGCCUGACGAGCAAGUUAUUCAGUUGAAGUGCCAUCAGCAUCACAUUUUUCAUUAAGAUUGUCUGGAAUAAUGGAUAAAGAAAGGAAACUUAAAGUGUCCAAUGUGCAGGCAGGAAAUCGUUUGA